AUGGCGGGCAGCGACGCGGAUGGCAAGGGUCUGGCGCGGCGGGGAGGCGCGUCGCGGCGGCCGGCGGCCUCCAGCGUGCGAGUAGGCGAGGCAGCCGCCGACCGCCCGGAGCCGCUGUCCACUGCUGAAGCCGCGGCGGAGGGCGCCGAGCUGCCCGCCUGGAUGCGCCUCUACUUCUACGGGAUGCACGGGCUAACCCUGGACGUGCUCCUCUCCUCCUCUCGGCGCUUUGCUCGCAGCACCGACCUCCGAAUGCUCGGCUUCUCCUCGCCCUACCGCUGCCUCCUGCACUUGCUCACCCACUUUGCCCUGGAGAAGGUCUACCUGCAGCAGCGGCGCUGCCCCAGCGCCUUCGUCUUCAAUUUUCUCCUCUACCCCUUGGCGCACGUGGGUCUGCAGACCCUGGCUGACCAGGCUCUGCUGCUCAGCCUGAGCGACGGGCUGGGUGACGCGGCGGCGCCGGGGACGCUGGAUCUGGCGCUGCAGUACCUGCUGGCGCUCUACCAGUCGCAAGUGUUCCUGAAGCGCUUCCUGCGCUUGCGGUACCGGCGGCAGCUGCCCCAGCGACUGGGCGCACCCCUCGCGCCUCCUGGCACCCGAACUGCUGCGGCGGUGGGUGGCCGGCGGCGACGACCCCGCGGCCCCCGGAGCACCGAAGGAGCCCCCAGCAAGGGGCUGCCAGACCUGUUCCGCUUCCUUUUCUACGGAAUGCACGGCUUGUUGAAUGAGAUCUUCUUCACCUUCUUUUUUAACUUGCUGGGGCAGGGGGGCCGGGCAGCCAGCGGCCACACGUCGCUCUGGUCGUUCUUUAUGUAUGGCAGCUGCAGCUUCGUGGUGGAAAAGCUCUAUUUCCACCUUUACUACAGUCGCGGUUGGAGCACCUGGAAGCGGGUGCCCAUCUAUGUGAUCAUCGUCUACUUGUGGGAGCUGUCCUGGGGGCUGGGACUCCGCAAGUGCGGCGCUUGUUCCUGGGACUAUUCUCACUACCCGCUAAAUUUCAUGGGCCUCAUCACCCUGACAUAUUUACCUGGUUGGGUAUUCCUUAGUGUGUACCAGGACCUACUAUCCGACGUGUUGUGGCGGGUGCAGUGCAUACCAGUUGUCUAAAACAAACAAACAAACAAACAAACAAACAGAAAGGCUUUAGAUUACC